GGGCCAGGGCCCUGUCUCUUGAGUUUAUCAGUGCCCCUCGGUCCGCAUCGGCCGAUUCCUUGCACAAGAGCGCUGCUUACAUUGACUCAGGACCUCACGACAUGAAGUUGUUCUUGCUCUUGGCCGCUGCCUUGGCUGCGAUAGUAGCUGUGCAGGCAGUACCACACGUAGAGGAUUACAAUGGCCGAUCCAACAACGACCAGUCUUUGACUGCCGUUUCAGGCCCGUUGGCCGGCGUGGGCUGUUCCAUCAGGGUGUUGGGUCGCGGGGCUGCGUUGGUGGCCGAGUACACUGUCAAGUGCUUCGUGACCUCCGUUCCGUCGGGCCCUCUGUUCUUCCUCUUCUUCCCGUUCUGCGUCGCCUCCAGCGUCCUUGACAUCAUUAGCAUCACGUCUGAGGACCUGCAGAAGUGCGCGACGAGUCUUCUGUUUUAAGACAAAGCAGCCGGAGAAGUUCAGGAUACUGAAUAAACAAGUCUCAAUUCUGAUCUAC